AUGAAUGAUUUAACAUCAUCAUUGGAUAAGGAUAGGAAAAGGCCGUUUGUAUCUUCUGAUGCAUUGAACAGUUUAAAAUCGCUGCUCCAUGAUAAUCUUGCGUUAAAUGAGAGUUUAAUCGAUCGUGAAGAUGAAAUCGAAACGAAGAAACGAAGAGAAUCACAACUCCUCAUCAAACAACAAGUUUUGAUCAAAAAUUUAACCGAACCUAAUGUAAAUGAAACUAAACCUCGACGCGUUAUUACCUUAAAAGAAUAUUCUGAACGACGGCAGAUCCAAUUAUCUGAGAUACCUUCUACCACGCCAAAACGUAUAGUUUUACGUGAUAAUGAAGAAAAAGUUGAAGAUAGUCACGAAACAGACUCGAUCAAGUCGCCCGAGUCAUCGUCAAUAAUAGCAGCAGCAGCAGCAGCGCCAACAACAAUGCAUAUAACUGAACAAUGGUUGAUGCAAAUACGUGGAAUUCUUGCCUCUUCGCAAACUCAAGAUAAUAAACUAAGAGCCAUAGGAGCCUUGACUUCAUUCACUAACAUAGACCAUGAUUUACGAUUGAACUUUUCCCCAAAUAACAAUCAAGUAACCACAACGCGUCAGUAUCCAAUCUUCCAAUCGAUGCGUACACCUACAGAAGAACAUCAAUCAUACAUCCCUCCUCAAUUACUCGACUGUUGUGAAUCACAUCAACAACAACAACAAUCCGCAUCGAUUGAAAGGAAAUCAGAGUAUUUCGAUAGUUGUCCAACAUCGUUAUCCUUGCGUGAAACGAUGAUUAAUAUAGCUAACCGUUUGGUCAAAACUGAGCCGAUACCGAUGGUCGAUACACAUUGUCAUUUCGAUUUAAUCUUCGAUCGGUAUUAUUUAAAACUGAGAAAAUUGUUCAUUUCUAUUUUCCCAUCUAGUCUUUAUAUUCAACAUAAUGAUCCAAAGAAAUAUUUUGACGAAUACAAGGAUUUCUAUCCACCUGGUUUGUCGUUUGAAUUAGCCAUACACGUCUUUUGGCGCCCGAGACAUUUAACUCUAAAUAAUUGGUUGAAUCGAUAUUCCAAAUACUUAGAUGACGAACGUGUCUAUGGAUCGUGUGGCAUCCAUCCACAUUGGAGUUUUACAUGGAAAGAAUCCUAUAUUCGUGAUAUUGAACGAUGUCUUCAACAUCCGAGAGUAAUAGCAAUCGGAGAAAUUGGAUUAGAUUUUGGUCCCAAAAAUACAUGUAAUAUGGAUCAACAAUCUCGAGUAUUCGAGGAACAAUUGAAACUAGCUGCAAAAUGGUGCAAACCAGUUGUAAUCCAUUCUAGAAAUGCCUAUCAGCAGACAUUCAAUAUUAUGAAAGAACAUCUUAGUCCUAAUCAUAAGAUUCACUUACAUUGUUUUGUUGGUACCAUCGCUGAUGCUCAACUCUUUACAUCAUACUUUACCGAGAUCAAGUUUGGUUUUACUCCCAUUGUUACUCGUGUAAAGUUUUUACACAUUGUCAUUGCACAACUUGAUCUUCGACAGAUCCUGUCUGAAACCGAUUCACCUUAUUUCGUGCCUGAAGAACUUUCUAAUCUUUCACGUUGUGCACAUCCGGGUAUGGUUUACAGUGUAAUUGAACUUAUUGCACAAAUUCGACAGUUGCCCAUUGAAAAAAUCGCACGUCAAUUGAGGGAAAAUGCGCAACGAAUCUAUGGAGUUUAA